AUCUACAUACUGUACUUUCAAUGAAUAGUAUAAUGCUUGCACCCCUGUGUCGAAUUCAUUGGUAAUGAUUGUCACGCUCUCCCUUCCGAUACGAAACUGCACUCUCCGCGACUUCAUCAAAGCGACGGCUGAAGCGGACAACUGUUUCUUUCCACACGACCCGUCCAACGCGCCUUUAUUCUCUUGUCUUACCUCACGACCAUUUCCCAGGCUUGGCACGUACCACAAUGCCAACAGUGUUUGACGGCGUCCGAGACUACGCGCAACACAAUCCAUUGUCUGUGGCUGCUCUUUUAGUUAUUGUCGUGCCUGGGUCGUACUUUUACAUUAUUUGGACAUCUCCAUUGCCAGAAGUGGAAAACACAGUACUAUCGCAGACAUUUCCAUCAGCCUCUGACAUUGCGAGAGCAUUCUCAUUGAAGCAUACCGUUCCUAUUCCCCGCUUGAGUGACAGGCCUUCAGCGACUUUUACGCAUGGAAUCAUCGAAAAUAUACGCGAUAACAUCAAGUCGACUGGUAUUAAGAUAGACGAGUGCGUCGGGAAUAACUGGACGUUACACUUUUCGUUUUGCCGAUCUCUUUCCGUGGCGAUCACCGCAACCCUACCGGGCUUCUUCACUUGGGGCUCCAGACAUUUUCCGGAUUCUUGGGCGAGCAGGCAUCAAGUAGCAAUUGCGAACGUGCUACAUUUCAUCGCGCUCGUCAGUUCUGCAAAUCAUAGGCUCGGCGCCCUUGAUUUGUUGGUCGUUGUGCUAGUCAUGGUCGCGUUUGACGUGUUUCAGUGGGUUCUAGGCCGUGAGGCAGCGGACGCUACCAAUGGCAGCGAAUCAGAACAGCAACACCAGGCCCCACCUGCAUCAGCUGGUGAAAUUCUCCUGGUCCAAACUCACUCUGUUCUAGCCGAAUCGGAUUUCGCACAUCACCCGAGUAACGGGAUCGUCGAGUCUGGGGACAUUCCGUCUAUCCUAGCCUCGCCGUCAGGGGUAUCCGACACAAAACCACCCCCAAUCGACUCUAAGGAGGGGGAGAUCGUGCGACUUCAACAAAACCUCGCCGAGCUGGAAACGACUAACAAGGCUAAAGAAGUGCAGCUGCGUAGCGCAAAGGAGGAGCUUCGUGAUGCGCGCGAGGCGCUCAAUGAGACAAUCGCAGAAUACUCCAGCCUAUGCGAAGAACUAACGACAGUCAAGCAAACACUCGGAAAAGAUCAUCAGGCAAUUGUAUAUCGAAAGGAUAUUGAACUUUUCGCCCUACGAAAAGCGAACGCGCGGAAAGAGAAGUACAUCAAGGAUCGCGACGCAAAGCUGGACGACAAGGACGCACAACUCAAAAUACUCAGGGACCGACUCACCUCCGUUGGUCGUGAAGCAAGUCCACAGCCAGGUCAGGACAACAUGCCUGAAGAAGGGGGCGACCAUGCACUGGAGGUUAGACUGCUACGGGUGAAGAAGGGUAGAGAUUCCGCAGGAUCCGAGCAAGAAAAGGAUGUCAUGAUUGCAAAAUUACGAGAAGAUCUUGCCAUGGCAACCAAAACCGCCGAAGCUGUUGUCAACCAGCGGGCGGAGCUUCUGAGGGCGUGGGAUGUUGCAAAGAAGAUACAGAGCGCCCUCACGGAAGAAAAAGAACAACAUAUACAGACGCGCGAGCAAUUACAGGAAGCAGUGGUCAAGUUAUCAGAAAUAGAGGGACAAAGAAAGAAUCGGACUAACUUCAACGGCCGAUUACCGACAAUCGACGAGCAUCAGCAGGAUGCAAGAGACCUCGAAGCGUUAUUUCAUACUGCGCAAGAGGACAACUUGAGACUAUAUGCUGAAGUAGAGACGUUGGAGAAGAGACUGCGCGAUGCAAACGCAAGGAUGUUCGCCGCUCAACAAGAUGCUGAAACAUUAAGAGAGCAGGUCAGGCUCGAGAAGGCUAUCAAUGAGGACUUGGAAACCGCACGACCGAGUGUUAUUCAUCGUGUCCAUUUCCAGCGCAUGGAAGGAGAGUUAAAGGAGAGCCGGGACGCUGUUCUAGCCAAGGAUGAAGAAGUCCAGCUCCUCAGAAAUACGAUCGUCGAGAAGGAUCACUUGGUCAACGGCUUGCAAGGAGAAGUCGGCGCGGCGGUUAACUUCCAUACCCAAGAUCAAAAUGAGAUCGAACGCCUCAAAAUAACCGUUUCUGAACUCCAAGCAACAAAGGAACAACUCAUGCUCGACCACGAACGCCUCGCAUUACAUCGUACUCGCCAGCGCAUUGUGUCAGCAGAUCGAACCUCCGCGCGGUCUAGUGAUGCCACGCUCAUCCAAGAUCUAAGCCCACAACUAACAAGGCCUUCAGAAGAACCUGCUUCCGUAGAAGCUAUGCGACCCAUGCCUUCAUCGGCAGGCCCUAAAAGCAAGGAAAGCAUACAGCAAACGCCGAAAAAGCACCUGAGAAGCGUCAGUACUCCAAAUCGGUGGAGUCUGGUGUCGAAUGAUGUCCCGCCCGCAGAACUGGGGGAACUGAAAGCUUCGAGAAGAAAGAGCCACGGAUUUAAAGAUCUCAUGAAGAGAAUGGUACGAAAAGACGAAAAAUCACUAGAAGAUAAAACGAACCAAGAGGCGAAGGUGAACGAGAACGAUCGAUUGCGCAUGCGCAGCGCGAUCGCAUCGAGGGACAGAAACCCGCCUUUACGACCAAGAUCCGCUGCACCUACCUUCACGGCCGUCAACCCGGUUUUCGGGGAGGUCGUGCAUACGCCAACAUCGACGACUGCAGGACAGAAGGGCAGACCGUCGAGUUCAAUGGCAAACACAUCAGGAUAUUCUACUACUGACGGAUCGAGGGUUGAUAAGAGGCCGACCACAGCCGCGGUUGAUGAUGCGACGAGGCCGGUCAGUCGGAGGAGUUGGGCUGCUACGACGAAGUUGAAGCGUAGAUCAUUGUAUUGACAAACAUGUGACUGAGUUAUUACUAGCGAGUUUGGCGUUACCAGGCAUUUGUCAUUCUAGACUUGGGCAUGUGUUUAGUGCAUAGGAUUGCUGCUUGCUUAUGUUC